CGGUUUUCUGAUGUCAUUGCCAUGUCCGAUCCAUCCAAUAUCUAGACCGAACCGGAAAAAGAUACAGUAUACGCUGAAAGUCAAUGUCUUCCAACAAACAAACGGUACUCCAAAUCAAAGCAAGUGUUGUUCUUAUUUCAUGCGUGAAAACAAAAGAACAAAUUGGUAGGGGUUUGAUGCUGUUCCGUUCCUCUCAAAUCUCUGUCUUUUCCAUUACUCUUCCGCUAAGGACUUUCUUCAUCCAUUUUCCGAACUCAUAUACAUUCAUACACUAUGUUAUCCAUCCAUAUAUUUUCGCAUCAUUCAUAAAAGCUUUUUCUUAUCUUGAGUUUUUUGUUACUUCAAUUUUCCAUGAUUCAAUAACAAUAAUCGAUAGUAGUAACCUAAUCUAGAUCAGAACAACCAUUACCCUACUCAAUCCAAUCAAUUUAAUUACAUUUGUGUCCUCCAACUAUGCAAGCAGUAGGGUUAUCAGUUUCAUUUCCAUAUUACAAUUCCAGAUUUUCGACCAAUGCAUCACCUCAUCCACCCAUUGCCCUCAAUUUCACUUAUGGGUUUUCCAAAUCACUUACAAACAGAGACAGAAUAACUCGUCGGAAGAGUCCCUAUGUCAUUUGUUCCCGAAAGAAUGGUGAUGAUAAUGAUGAUGACGAUGGAUUUUACAUGAGGAAAAGCGUUGAGCUUGCUAGAAAGGGUUUAGGGUAUACAAGCCCCAAUCCGUUAGUAGGAUGUGUUAUUGUAAAAGACGGUCAAAUUGUUGGGCAAGGUUUUCAUCCUAAACCUGGUCAACCUCAUGCUGAGGUUUUUGCUUUGAGAGAUGCCGGUGAUUUGGCGGAGAAUGCAACAGCGUAUGUCAGUUUAGAACCUUGUAAUCAUUUUGGGAGGACUCCGCCUUGUACGGAAGCUCUUAUUAAAGCUAGAGUUAAAAAGGUUGUUGUUGGGAUGGUGGAUCCAAAUCCUAUUGUGGCUUCCAAAGGGGUGGAUAGAUUGAGAGGUGCCGGAAUUGAAGUUGUUGUUGGUGUUGAGGAAGAAUUGUGCAAGGGCCUCAAUGAGGGUUAUAUUCAUCGCAUGUUGGCUGGAAAGCCUCUGCUUACUUUGAGGUAUUCUCUUUCUGUCAACGGAAACUUGUUGGACUCACUUGGUAAUGGAGUAACCGACUCUGGUGGAUACUAUUCUAAGCUUUUACAAGAAUAUGAUGCAGUUAUACUGUCUUCUUCCUUAUCCGGCGAAAGCUUUUCAGUAGACUCGGUACCUUUAUCUCAAGAACCUGGAGCCAAUCAACCUAUUCGGAUUAUAAUGCAUAAAGAUUCUGGUUCUUCAAAUCAAAUGCCAUUAGUCAUCAAUGAUAGUAAAGUGAUAAUCUUUACAGAUAGUAGAACAGCUACAACUCCUAAAGAGGCUCAACAAGGAAUUGAAACUGUAUCUGUGGAUCAAAUAAAUCUGGAUGUGAUCUUGGAUUAUUGUAAUCGUCAAGGAUUGUGCAGUGUUCUGUUAGAUAUGAGAGGGAAUUUCAGUGAACAUGAAGAGCUUGUUAAGGAGGGUAUUAAGAAGAAGUAUAUCAAUAAAUUUGUGACAGAAAUUUUGCCAGUUUGGAAUGAAUGUAAUCAGAAUGAUCCUUUAUUGCCAUUCAAGAACUUAGAUCAAGGAGUAAAAGUGGAAAAUUUACGCCCGAUGGCAUCGGCUCAAAGUGUUGUAAUUGAGGGAUAUUUGAAUUUUAAUUAAUUAGAUUCAUAGAUUCUCGCUGUCCGUCUCUAUCAUUCUUUCUGUGCUAUGUUUUCCAUGACAUUUUGUGCUCAUGUAGACUAAAUCUUAAAGGCAUUUUUUGCA